UCGAUGCUUUGGUCUAAAACAAAUUUAUCUCGUGGAGUAUCCUGCAAAAACCGAAUUGCGAUAUUGAUGAAACAGAAUUCGUCAGCCAAGCAACGCACCCUGAUAGAAUAGUUUCAUCUACUCGUCCUAUGCAGCAAAAUUGAAUGCUGUAGCAACGGACACGACAUCAAGAAGAUAAAACCAAUAUUUAAGAUAUAAUAUGAGUUGUGCAGCAGCCACUCCUCGCACGAGUUCGGCUGUCCUAAGCCGUAUGGUGGGCGGAAGACGACUAGCUGGUGUGGGUGUCAACAAAAGCUCCUUUGGUUAAGGCUGUAUCCUUGAAACGUGUGGAGGAGUAUCUAUCCACCUAAGGGAAUAAUACUCACCCAUAAGCACUUUUCAAGGAUGCACUUGAAAGAUGAAUUACGGAGGACAGCUCUAAUUUGGAGGAUGCUUUUCCAGCGGCGGAUCUUCUUCUUCUUCGGGUCGAACCAGACGAAGCUUCAUCAUUGAGCAAUCAAAAGGAACGUCCUUCAACGAUGGAAGGAGACACUACACCACCUACGCAGAGCUACCUGAAGAAGUCCAACUUGUGAGGGAACAAAGCCGACAGUUUGCUGAAGAAGUGCUGUUUCCCACAGCAGCAGAGAACGAUGCGUUACAUAAAUUUCCGACUGAAGAGAUCAAGUAAGAUUAGUUAAUAAAGACUCUUAUACCUCCCCGUGAGUGGGUACAUCUAUCUAUCUAUUAUCUAUUUUACUAUUACUACGUGCUUCUUACGAUACUUAAUAAAGACUCUUCAUCUUUAAGAUUACACUGGUGAGUUUCUUGAUAUUCUAAGGUAUAAUACAUGCUUCAUAAAGUCUAAGUGAAGAUUAUUUUUUUACUAGAGUUCGUUGUCAGGGAAAUCUUAGACAGUUUGCCAAAUCGAUUCACAUCGUCAGUUACUAGAUUUGUAAGGGUCGUUUACCUUUACUCACCUGAUCAUGACAUGACUAAUAUUCUAAGAUAGUUGUCAGUAGCGAUCAAGCUAACCAUGAUCGCGAGAUCACCUUUAGUCAUAUGAUGACUAUUCUAAGAUAGUCAGUAGCGAAUAUAUAAGCUAACCAACAUGAUUCCGCGGUCAUCUAGGAUUCAUACCAAUUCUGAGACCAAUCAUGCUCGCGAUCUGCUCCCAUCCACCUCCCUCAGGCAGCUCGGUUCGCUCGGUUUCCUUGGCAUUAACGUGGCAGAGGAGCACGGUGGGCCUGGUAUGUCCUCAUUAGCCUAUGCAGUAGCAAUGGAAGAGAUUUCGAGAGGGUGUCCUAGUUGUGGUCUGGUCUUGAGUAUCAACAACAGUCUCUACUGUGGUGGAAUUCAAACUUUUGGAAGUGCGGAGCAGAAGGCGACUCUGCAGGAUUACUGCUACGGCGAGAAGAUUGGAUGCUUCGCAUUGUCGGAGCCUGGUAUUCUAUGUUUAUUAUAGCACGCAUGGUGCAUGCAGUAGCAUGGAGUGCAUGGAGCGCAGACCCAUAAGGGACGCAAGAAGCGCCCCCUUUAGCUCCAUGGAAAUCCAUGCACUCCAUACCAUGCGAGCGAGCUAUAAUAUAAUCGAAGUCUACUUCCGUAUUACAUUACUUCUUGACGCUGCUUUUCUGAAAAGAAGAAUUCAAUACAGAUAAUUCUUAUUACUGCUUGACCUUAUUCUUGUGAAAAAUUCAAUACAGGAACCUUGUCACUCCCUCCAUCCUCGACCAGCUCGAUCAACAGUUGAGAAGGCCCUUAGUUCAGAAGAUCAACGUUGAGCCUGUUCUUGUGAAAAUAAGUCGAAUACAGGAACAUUGUUACUCCCUCCAUCCUCAAAACAUCCCUUUUCACUCGUCACAGGCAACGGAUCCGAUGCAGCGGCUGCGUCAACGACAGCGGUUCUAUCAGCAGAUGGCUCGGAAUACACCUUGACCGGGACAAAACAGUGGAUUUCGAAUUGUUACCAAGGUUUAAGGCUUCCCCUUCCCCUUAUCCAUCUUCCGAAGCAUCCUGAAGAGGCUUUCAAGUUGAAAAGGCGGCCAGGAUGAGUCUCAAGGUGGAUCAGGGUGAGCUUUAAGAGGUGCUUCGACCUUGGUUUUCGCCACUACUGAUAAAUCAAAAAAGCAUAAGGGAAUUUCCUGCUUCGUGUUGCCACUGAAGGAUCAUGCUUUAUGACACAAGGACUUGAACAUGUAGAUGACACACAGUAUUGCAGUAAGAUUUGAUAGAUAUCAUUUUGGUUGUAUCCGGUUGUAUUGAACUGCAGGUAAGAAAAUAGGUAGACAACUUACGUACUCCGUCACUAACUCACUAACGCCUAAGAUCCACUGUGGCCUCCGCCUCAUCCACUGCCACCUCUAAUCCCCGGCGUGAAACUUGGCCAGCCAGAAGACAAACUAGGCAUCAGGGCUUCCACCACUGCGCAGGUUAUUAUGGAAGACGCGAAGAUACCUAAAGAAAAUUUACUAGGCCAAGAAGGAGAGGGUUUCAGGAUCGCCAUGAAAUUACUGGAUGCUGGUCGAAUCGGGAUUGCCGCACAAGCAUUGGGUAUCGCCCAGGCCUCUUUUGAGUGUGCUGUCAAAUAUGCUUCGGAGAGGGAUGCGUUUGGACAGAAGAUAGGUCCUAAAGAUUUAGUUUUGCUUUCAUGCUUAGUAAACCUUAUAAUAGAGAGCAUGCUUAGUAGAGAGUUAGAGAGUCUUUCCGAGGACACAGUUCGUUAUUUUCAUCUUGCUUAAUAGAGAGUCUUUCCGAGUGUCGGAGAGUUCGUUACUAUCUUGUCGCGCCGGUACUAGUUGAGAAAAACUACUAUAAAGGCGUAUGGGGAAGAUGAUUCAUCUUGUUGUUGUUUCAAAGGCUUCUAUCGUGAGGAAAUAUGAAGUUGAAGUCAUUGAAAAGUAGUAGACCACAGGAACCUUUGUUGAACUUGAAACCAAUUUCUUUUCCAUCAUCCCAUUUCCUUUUCCCGCUUCCAUUGCUCCUUCCCUCCUCCUGAAUAGGUGGCUACUACGCAGUCCACGAGAAGCUGGCAGAUAUGGAUUUGAAGAUUUGGUCCGCUAGGUUACUGACGUGGCAAGCAGCUAGUAUGAAGGAUCGAGGAGAAGAAAAUUACACUCGUGCUUCAGCACGUUGCAAAUACGCUGCAAGCAAAGCUGCUACUUUCUGCGCAUUUGAGGCCAUCCAAAUCCUUGGUGGCAUGGGCUACGUCAGCGAUAUGCCGGCUGAGAGUUAAGGGUAGGUUAAAGGUGCUUUUGUUACCGUUUGUUAUGGCUCUCCUAAGGGAGACAGGCACAACAAACGGGAAAACGCGCACCAAAAGCCUACCUCUAAGAGAGGUACUUCCGAGAUGCGAGGAUAACGGAGAUCUAUGAGGGGACUAGCGAGAUCAAUAAGAUGGUCAUUGGGCAAAAGGUGCUGAAGGAGAUGGGCGAGAUGGAUAUAGUGCUGCCCGCGCAUUUCAAGAAGCAUAUUGAGGCGCCGAGUCAGUAGCGCUGGUGCUAAAUAAACUUCCGCAGACAAUACUAAUUGAUACCAUCUCCAUUCCUCUUUUCUCGGUCCGAAUUUAGUAGUAUGGCGCCGGUUCAGUAGUGCUGGUGCUCAAUAAACUUCCGCAGACAAUACUGAUUGAUACCAUCGGUCCGAAUUUAGUAGUAUGGCGCCGGUGCAGAAUCGCUACUGCCAGAAUACAGGCUUCCCUUCUUUCUUGUAGUUUCACCUGCUGAGAUGUUCAACGCGCAAAAUUUCAUGCCCGGUUCUUGAUUUUUUCACUAUACCACGUGAAUACACUUACACAUACGCAAUGAAUUGUGCAGUGUCAGAGCGCCGACUGUCAACAUCCCAUGAUUGCUGACGUCGCGUCGACCGUCUAUGUGUAGGAAAGGAUCUUUCCUUUUGAUUUUUUGCAAAUCUCAGUCUUCGCCAUUUUGAAGAU